AUGCCUAAGAGGAUACUGAGGUUCCGUUACUGCCUCUCCGGGAUCAUGGUGUUGUUCUGGGUUUGGGGAGGCCAUCAUCCAGCAGUGGAUUCAUAUACGGGUUAUACAUAUAUAUUUUUACUUGACCCUAUCCUGUCCAUCUUUGGCAUACUCUCCUCGAGUAUCCCCAAUCAUGUGACCAAGAUCAAGGUGAUCGGUGCCCUACUCACACCUGAUAUGGUUACCACCAUCACGGCCUCCAUCCUCAACAUCGUAAUCAUAUUACUACUCAACAAAGGUUACGACAAGCUGGCCCUCGUCCUCACUGAUCUGGAGAUGCCCAAGACGCAAGGAGAAUAUGAGUAUCGGCUGACGUUCAAGGGGAAAUUCAUCGGCUUCCCCGGAAGCUACACUUACUUUGGAAAAUGGAGAAUCGAGGAGUGUCCCCCAAACGGCUGUCUCUUUGAACUGACUUCUCAACUCACUGUCAUCAUGGUAGUGAAGCAGAUGGUUGGCAAUUUUCAGGAGGUCAUCAUCCCAUGGUUCAGCAAUUGGUGGGCCCAGCGUCGGGCCAAGCUAAGGCCUGAGGCUGUCUACACGCGCUGGGAGCAAGACAUGGACCUACAGCCCCAGAGCCCACUUGGACUCUUUGAUGAAUACCUCGAGAUGGUUAUCCAAUUCGGGUUUGUCACUCUCUUCGUGGCAUCAUUUCCACUUGCGCCAUUGCUCGCACUGCUCAACAACAUCAUCGAAGUGCGGGUCGACGCGUGGAAGCUC